UUACUGCCUGUAUGGUUUCUCAGUCUGCUAACACCUGGCUGGUCAUUUACAUGUCAGUGAAAAAUUAAAAUUGUGUGUGUUUUUGAACAGAGGAACUAUUUUAACCCACGAUGGCCUGGGUUAAAGCUGUCUCGUAUAAUGGCGAGGACGUGUUCGACCAAAAUGCGGACGACAUUAAUUUGCUCAGUAAAGAGUGGACAUCCAACAUGAAGAAGCGAGUCAGGGAUGGUUAUGUGGAUGGUGUUGAUGCCGGGGAGGAAGCUUAUCUUCAGGUUGGUUUUAACCUGGGCUUCAGAGAAGGAGCAGCUCAGACUGCAGCUGUUGGCCGGCUUAAAGGAAUAGUAAGUGCUAUAUGUUGUUGGUGUCGGAUCCAGCAUCCGGAAAGCCCCAUCCCAGCCUCAGUGACCGACCUCCAGCAGCGGGUAACACAGCAUGAAGACAGAAUCAUGGAUGGUAUCAAACAUGCUUUGGAGAAUCCUCCUCCCAGUGUGAGCGUCAUCUCUGAGAGCAUGGAGGAUCUGGAGGUGGAGCAGGCGGAUUCAAACUGCUGUGGAGAAGAAGGAAAAUGUAAAGAAACAGACUGCUGCAAGAAGGGAGAGAAAAUGGACCUGGAUGCUUCACUGCAGCAGCAAAAGCCCAGUUCAGGGUCCAGUGACGGUUCAAAUGAAAGCCUGGACCUCCUUCUUCAGCUCUGCAUAGAUGUAGUGUCAGACCUGGGACUGCCACAGGAGCUGAUCAGUCACAUCCAGGAGCUAAGGAACAUGUAGUGGAUAAAGAAGAGGGACUGGAAUCACUGCAUAUGUAUGCACAACAUGCACAAACACUGAACUAAAACAGUUCUGGUGGAAAUUUUGAACCAACCAAUGUAUAUAAUGUAAAAUACACUUUUGCAUCCCUUUUUGCAUAAGAUAGUUGAGAAAUAUUUGAAAAUAAAAAUGGAUUUCAUAUA